GCCUUACCUGAUGGAUUUGGCUUCGGAUCAGCAGAAGAGACAUAGCCCAGCACCAAGUCGUCAAGGUGCCGCGGAGCCUGAGUUCUCGGUGUGAGAGGUGUAGAGGUGUGUGGUCUCACGCCAGCAAAAGGAGGAGUGCCAGGACUGGACAGGUGUCGAGAGUCACCAUGCCUAGAGGUCAGAAGAGUAAGCUCCGUGCCCGUGAGAAACGCCGCCAGGCCCGUGGUGAGACCCAGGCUCUGAAGGAUGCUCAGGCUACUGCAGCAGCAGCAGGAGAGUCCCCCUCCACCGCCUGUCCUCCCUCUGGGGGUAGACCUGCUGCUGCGACUCCUAGCCAUCCUCAGGGAACCGCAUCUUCCACCAGUGCUGAUGCAGCUCUUUCAUGCAUCAAUUCAGAUGAAGAUGCCAGAAGCCAAGAUGGGGGAAGCCCCAGAUCGUCUCAUGGCACUCAGGUCUCACGCAGAGACCCAUUAAACAAGAAGGUAGUUUUGUUGGUGCACUUCCUGCUGGAGAAGUAUCAAAAGAAAGAGCCAAUUACGAAGGCAGACAUGCUGAAGCUUGUCCUCAAAAAGUACAAGUAUCAUUUCAAUGAGAUCCUCAAGAGAGCCUCUGAGCACAUGGAGCUGGCCUUCGGGAUUGAUUUGAAGGAAGUGGAUCCCAUCCGGCACUGCUACACCCUCAUCAGCAAACUCGACCUCACCGUCGAUGGCACGAUGCAUGAAGAAGAGAACAUGCCCAAGACCGGCAUCCUGAUGAUUGUGCUGGGUGUGAUCUUCAUUAGAGGCAACUGCGCCCCUGAGGAGCAAGUCUGGGAAGUCCUGAAUAUGAUGGGCGUCUAUGCUGAAAGGAAGCACUUAAUCUAUGGGGAGCCCAGGAAGAUCGUCACCCAAGAUUUGGUGCAGCUAAAGUACCUGGAGUACCGCCAGGUGGCCAACAGUGAUCCUCCACGCUACGAGUUCCUGUGGGGCCCGCGAGCCUAUGCCGAGACCAGCAAGAUGAGAGUCCUGGAGUUUUUAGCCAAGAUUCAUGAUACCGUCCCCAGUGCCUUCCCGCCGUGGUACGAAGAGGCUUUGAAAGAUGAGGAAGAGCGAGCCCGAGCCCGAGCCGCAGCCAGGGCUCAGACCGCUGCCAUGGCCAGGGCACGCUCCAGGGCCUUGACCAGCAGCUUCUCCCACCCUAAGUGACGUGGGCGGCUGGUUGAACAGGUCUUAUAUCAAAUGUUGAAGCUUGAAGCAGAUUGUUUUCUUUGUGGAAGGAAAAAGCAGUCAACAUUCUAAGGAAUAGAUGGCCAGAGUGGGUCUGGAAGGAACACAGUGAAUAUCGUCUUUGUGGUCCUGCUAUAUCUCGUAAACUUAAAGGUUUUGUUCCUUUUCUUGUUUCUUUCUCUUUUUUUUUCUUUCUCUCUUCCUUUUGCUUUCUUUUUCUUUUAUGUUUCAAAUGUUAUUUCUUUAACAGAAAGUUUAUAUAAUUUUCGAAUCUAAAUUUAUUAAUGAUUUUUGUUGUUUGUGGCUGUUUAAUAGAUUUAAGAUUAGGUGUUUUAUUAUUUAGUAAAACAAAUUGGGAAACCUUUCAUAUUUACCAAAACAGAACAAUGAAACAUGGCGUUGUAACAGGCAUUCCCUAGGAAAUGCGAAAGAAUUUCGCAGUAAAAUUGCUGGGAUCAAAAAAAGGAGGGGGGAGAAGUAAAAGAAGUUCUGUUCUUGGUUUCCCUUAUACUUUUUAGUCUGUUGUUCUGUAAGGAUAGAAGAUGCAUACAUGGAUUUGUUUGGCUUAUUAAAGAAUG